AUGGAAGUUGACAGCCCACCCGUAAAAAUGUCGGAACUGUUACGGGAAUACUCGGAGUUUUUACGGCAAUCGGAUGAUGAGGCUGCGAAACGUAUGGUCACCCGCGUCGAAGGGAUUCUCGUGGCUACAGAUGACUCUGGUAGAAGUACACCUCACUUUGCGGCAGUUGGAGGCUGUUUGCCCAUUCUACAGUUAUCCAUCUCGCAGGAUAAGUCGGCUGCAAAUCGCACUGAUGAGAUGGGCUGGACUCCUUUGAUGAUCGCAGCGUCAGCAGGAAGAGUCGAAAUUGUGCGAUAUUUGUUGUCUCUUACACAGGUCGAUGUUAAUCACAGAAAUGUAAAUGGUCAAACUGCAUUGCAUUACGCUGCUAGCAAGAAUCACAGAGAGAUUGUGCAUUUACUUCUUGAAGCAGGAGCGGACGUUAAUGCUUCAGAUAAGUAUGGCGCAACACCUCUUCACCGCGCUGCCAGUCAGGGCCAUGACAAG